AUUUCCGAGGACCUGAUCGUCAAGGCCGGCGAGCAGCACCACCCCGCCGAGGCCACGAUGAUGGACUUCGUCCGCGCCCGCACCGACAUCCCCAUCCCCACCGUGCACCUCGUCUUCACCCGCAUCCGGGACAUGGAAAUCCCUCAGGAAGUAACGACAUACAUCGUCAUGGACUGCAUCCCCGGCCCCACCCUCCAGUACCUCUGGGAGACACUCGACGCGCCCACCAAGACGUCGGUGCUCGCCCAGCUCCAGGGGUACAUCCGCGAGCUGCGCAGCAUCCCAGCGAGCCCGGACACGCCUCCCGGUCCGCUCGGCGGGGGCAAGUGCGAGGGGAUGUGGUUCGGGGAAAACGAGGCUAUCGACCCGUUCCCGACGCACCAGGCCCUCGUCGACUGGUGGAACCGCUGUUUCUCGCGCCCCGGCGAGCUAUACUACAACACGUCCACGACAGACGAGCGGUUCCACGCAGACCAGCCGCUCGUAUUCACGCACGGGGACUUCAAUCCGCGGAACCUCAUUCUACAUGAGGGAGUGGUGUGGGUCAUCGACUGGCAGCUCGCGGGCUGGUAUCCGUGGUAUGUCGAGCCCACG